AGUUUCCCAUGGGAUUCUCUGUCACUCUCUCUCUCUCAAAAAUCUCUCCCGUGAACAAAGAAACUUUCACACCUCUUCUUUCAUUUUCAUUUUCAUUUUCAAUUUCAAUUUCAAUGCCUAUACUCAAUUUCUCAGAAAAAUACAAAAACAUAAACAUAAACACCAAUUGAAACAGCAUUAACAACACUCUCUUCACUACUUCACUUCACUCUCUCUCAUCAAUGUCUCAACUUUCUCUCUCUUCCUUCUUCUUCUUCUUCUUCACUCUUUCAUUUUUCAGCUUCACCUUCUCAAUAAUCGCUUCCACCGAAUUCGACUUCGGAACCUUAACACUCACAAGCCUCAAACUUCUCGGCGACGCUCAUCUCAACAACGGCACCGUCACACUCACACGUGACCUCACCGUUCCAUUUUCCGGCGCCGGUCAAGCAUUAUAUUCCCGUCCAAUCAGAUUCCGUCAACCGGGCACCACCACUCCGGCGAGCUUCACCACUUUCUUUUCUUUCUCAGUCACCAAUUUGAACCCUUCUUCCAUCGGCGGUGGACUUGCCUUUAUAAUCUCACCGGACGAUGAAUCUCUUGGUGACGCUGGUGGUUAUCUUGGUCUUGCCGGAAAUGGGUUUGUGGCGGUUGAAUUUGAUACCCUUAUGGAUGUUGAGUUUAAGGAUAUUAAUGGGAAUCAUGUUGGUGUUGAUCUUAAUAGUGUUGUUUCUAGUAAAGUUGGUGAUUUGGAUUCAAUUGGGGUUGAUCUUAAAAGUGGUGAUAGUGUCAAUGCUUGGAUUGAAUUUGAUGGAUCUAAUAAUGGGUUUAAUGUUUGGGUUUCUUAUUCUAAUUUGAAGCCUAAAGAUCCAAUUUUGACUAUGAAUCUUGAUAUGGGCUUGUAUUUGAAUGAUUUUAUGUAUGUUGGCUUUUCUGGUUCUACUCAAGGUAGUACAGAGAUUCAUAGGAUUGAAUGGUGGAGUUUUAGCUCAUCUUUUAUGACGGGUUCGGGUGGUUUGUCGCCUCCUCCAGCAGUUAGUAUGAUGAAUACCACGGCGAAUUCAGCAAGGUCACCGCCUCCUUCUAUGGCUCCAACAAUGAAUUCUUCGAAUGAGGAAAGAAAAGAGAGUAAGAAGAGUUGUCAUAAUGGGUUGUGUAAGCAGGGUUUGGGAGCUGUUGCUGGUGUUGUUACUGCUGGUGCUUUUGUUUUAGCACUUUUUGCUGGGUCUAUGAUUUGGUUGUAUUCGAAGAAAGUGAAGCGUGUGAGUAGAUUUGAUUCGCUUGGAUCGGAGAUAAUUAAAAUGCCUAAGCAGUUUAGUUACAAGGAGCUUAAAUCUGCUACAAAGUGUUUCAAUGCUAAUAGGAUUAUUGGUCAUGGUGCAUUUGGGACUGUGUAUAAGGGAAUUUUGACUGAGAAUGGUGACAUUAUUGCUGUGAAGAGAUGUAGUCAUAGUAGUCAAGGUAAGAAUGAGUUUUUAUCUGAGUUGUCUAUAAUUGGUAGCCUUAGACAUCGGAAUCUUGUAAGACUUCAAGGAUGGUGUCAUGAGAAAGGCGAGAUUUUGUUGGUGUAUGAUUUGAUGCCUAAUGGUAGUUUGGAUAAGGCUUUGUUCGAGGCUAGAACGCCUCUUCCGUGGCCUCACCGCCGAAAGAUUUUAUUGGGUGUGGCGUCCGCUUUGGCUUACUUGCAUCAAGAGUGUGAAAAUCAGGUAAUUCAUAGAGAUAUUAAGACUAGUAACAUAAUGUUGGACGAAGGGUUCAAUGCGCGUUUGGGAGAUUUUGGAUUAGCAAGGCAAACUGAGCAUGACAAAUCUCCGGAUGCGACGGUGGCUGCUGGAACAAUGGGGUAUCUAGCACCCGAGUAUCUCCUUACAGGUAAAGCCACCGACAAAACCGACGUGUUUAGUUAUGGUGCUGUGGUUCUUGAGGUGGCUAGUGGGAGGAGACCAAUAGAGAAAGAUGCUGCUGGUGUUGGCAAGGUUGGAGUGAGUAGCAAUUUGGUGGAAUGGGUUUGGAGUUUACACAGGGAAGGAAGGUUGUUAGCGGCAGUUGAUCCAAGGCUUGAGGGCGAGUUCGAUGAAGCGGGGAUGACAAGGGUACUCUUGGUUGGGUUAGCUUGCUCACACCCUGAUCCUUUGGCUAGACCAACAAUGAGAAGCGUGGUUCAGAUGCUAGGAGGUGAAGCUGAAGUGCCAAUUGUACCGAGAACGAAGCCUUCUACGGGUCUCAGUACUUCACACUCUCACCUCUUAAUGAGCUUGCAAGAUAGUGUAUCUGACUGUGAUGGUAUACUCACCAUCUCUACUUCCACAUCAGAGAACAGCUUCAACGGUGGAGAUAUAGUCUGAUGGAAAUCUUUCGGUUGAACACGGCCAUUUUUAAUUAUUGACUCGGUGUAAAUAGAGAUAGAGAUAUAUAUGUAUUCAUUUGUUCAUGAUGUAAAGUCAAUGACAAUAGCAUGCAAUUAAGGACCUUGAGAAAGAAAUUUUGGGGUUUAUUUAUGCAAUUCUGCCUCUGGUGUACACAUUUUGGCGCAAAUUUAUUCAACACAAGUGGUUCAUUCAUCUGAUGAUGCAGAGCAACGCAAGAUGUUACUGUAGAAUGUUACUAGCACAAUCUGGGGAAGGUUAUGGGACUUUUGCUUAGAUCAUUGUUCUAGUUCUAAUGGACACGGACUUGUAUAAGGCAAGUUUGAAUUAAGAAAUUGAUGUUAAACAACCUUUCUGUUGAAAAUUUGAAUUUUGUUACCAUGGUAUAAUAAUUAAUAAAGGUGAAAUCUAUUAUGUCUUCUCCAUGGCUUUCCAA